AAAAAAUUACAAUUACAACAUUACAAAUUACAACUACGUACGUACAGUUUAUUUCGCCUAACCAUGGUUUGACAUAAUCAUUUAAAUUUCACUUAAUUAAAAGUAUAUAGUCAAGAAAUAAUUUAAAGCAAAAUCUGUGAAUCAGAACAUAUUCUACUUUUAGGAUGUUUUCUUUACAAGCCCAUAAUCAGGUGUUUGUACUGAAUGCUGUUAAUCCUAGGAGUUGCUGUCUUACACUUCGAAGAUUGAAUUUGAAAGAAGAUAACCUAGACAAAAGUUUUCAAGAGGCAGUGAAAAAUUGUACUGAGUUUUCUGGGAAGGAUAUUCCACUUCAAGAACUGAAAUCUGUUUACUUAAAUAAAAAGAUUCAACAACCCAAAAUGGCAAAAUCUCAAAACAUAUCCAGUUUAGUGAAAGGAGUUCUUAAUUUGGUCAUUGAACAAAACUCGACUCAUCAUGGAAUUGUGGGGGAACUUUUUGGAAAAAACAAGUUGAAGGUAUCUUCUAAGUUGGCUAAAUCGCUUGUUGACAAUAUUAUGUUCUCAGCCACUCCAACUAAUAUUGUAUUCCAAAUAAGGCAUUUUAAGACCGACAGAAGCAUUCACGCUGAAUCGCUGCGCAACCCAAGUCUUGUAUCAAGAAUGCGGACCUUACUGGGAUUAGAAGAAAAUCCGACAUCUAUCAUAAGAGAUGACAAGUUAAUUAUUAGCAAUACAGAACUGGACAAAAUGAAAACAAUGAUGGCUGACGAAGGUUUAAGCUUAGAAGACCAACAGAAGAUAAAAGUUGCAUUUGCUGAAGGUUACGUUGCAGGACAGGGAAGCAAGAAUCCUAGCAAGACUGUUAAAUGGCUGAAAGUACUUCAACACGUUUUGACCAUAAUAUUGUUUUUUGGUAUCUUUAUUUCACUGAUGGCUAGUGCUAGUGGAUCAGUGUUUCGAAUUCAGCUUGGUAACCAAUCUGAAGUAGACCCGGAAGAAAUAAAUGUUACCUUCAAUGAUGUUAAAGGGGUUGAUGAAGCCAAACAAGAACUGAAAGACGUUGUCGAGUUCCUGAAAAACCCUGAGAAAUUUUCAUCUUUGGGUGGUAAGCUGCCUAAAGGUGUGCUGCUAGUAGGCCCUCCCGGCACAGGGAAGACCCUGUUGGCUAGGGCAGUUGCAGGAGAGGCAGGUGUGCCAUUUUUCCAUGCUGCAGGUCCAGAGUUUGAUGAAAUCUUAGUUGGACAGGGUGCACGGCGAGUACGAGACUUGUUUAAAGCAGCUAAAGAGCGUGCGCCCUGUGUAAUAUUCAUCGAUGAGAUUGACUCAGUAGGUGCUAAGAGGACAAAUGCAGUCCUCCAUCCUUAUGCCAACCAGACUAUCAAUCAGUUGCUCUCUGAAAUGGAUGGGUUUCACCAGAAUGAAGGUGUAAUUGUCCUUGGAGCUACCAACCGACGGGAAGACUUGGACAAGGCUCUGCUGAGACCUGGCAGAUUCGAUGUAGAAGUUAUAGUUCCAGCACCAGACUACACUGGGCGAAAAGAAAUUUUAACCAUGUAUCUGGGUCGUAUCCGAGCUAAGAAUAUAGAUGUGGAGAUAUUAGCCAGGGGCACUACUGGUUUUACAGGCGCUGAUCUAGAAAACAUGAUCAAUCAGGCCGCCCUCCGUGCAGCCAUUGAUGGAGCUGACUUUGUCACAAUGAAAUAUCUUGAAGUAGCUAGAGACAAGGUUAUUAUGGGCCCAGAAAGGAAGUCACGUAUUUUAGACGAUGAGACAAAUGAGAUAACAGCCUAUCAUGAGGGUGGACAUGCUGUUGUUGCCUACUACACUAAGGAUUCACAUCCUCUUCACAAGGUGACCAUCAUUCCACGUGGUCCAUCUCUUGGACAUACUGCUUACAUCCCGGAAAAGGAACGUUACCAUGUUACCAAGUCCCAACUACUAGCAAUGAUGGACACUAUGAUGGGAGGAAGGGCUGCUGAAGAGAUCAUCUUUGGUCCAGAAAAAAUCACAUCUGGAGCAUCAAGUGACCUUAAGCAAGCAACUGCAAUUGCAACGCAUAUGGUUAAAGACUGGGGAAUGUCAGAGAAAGCAGGCCUACGGACCCAUGACACAGAAAAACAAGGCUUGAUCACACUUAAUGAAGUCAGUCCUCAAACAACUGCAGUGUUGGAUAGUGAGAUUCAGAGGAUAUUACAGGAAUCUUACGAAAGGGCCAAAACGAUACUUAAAACUCAUCAAAAAGAACAUAAAAUGCUUGCUGAAGCACUUCUGAAGUACGAAACAUUGGAUGCUGAGGAUAUAAAAGCAAUCAUGUCUGGAAAAAAAGAACCAGAAAAAGACAUACCUGCUAGAAAAGAACCCACUCAAAGGAAGGAGCCCUCACUUACUUCUUGAACUUAACUUAGAUUUAUAUAAAAAUGUGUUUACAUAAUUUGAGACUGUCAGUUUGGUUUGUUUGUUGAAGUCAUAAAAAGGGCUUUUUGGUUAAGCUGACAUCUUACUUACAAGUGUUCAUACAAGCUUAGAUUAUUUUUAUAGUGGUAAUUACAAAUAUGAAUUGAAAGAAUUGCUUACAUUUUUAUGAAACAGUGUUUAAAUUUUAAAGUAUGCAUCCAAUGUUUGUUUUGAGAUAUUUGGAGUAUGUUCAGGUUUAAAAUAACGAGCAAAACAAAUUCUUGAGGAAAGACUUAUGGAAAAGAUUUAAUUCAGUAAUUUUGUUUAUAAGAAACAAAACAUAAUAAAUUUGCAUAAUAUUAAUAGAACUGUACAGAAUGAAACCCAGUAAAUGAUUGAUACCAUCGAAUUCGUGGUUGUUAAAUAAGUAAUAUUCAUCCAUACAUAAUAUUUGCUUGAUAUUAAUUAUUCUAAGUUAUGAACCUUGAACUUGUUUGACUGUAUAAAUCUUCUGCUUUAUAAUUUUUUCAUGUCACUGUAUAAUUGAUAUUGUGUGUUUUGUAGUAGAGAUGAAGAUGAUUUUAAAAUCUUCUAAUGAUUGUACCUAAAAAACCCAAACUAUUUAGGAUGGGCUUACUAAAUUAUUUUUAUAUGAAUUUUUGCUUGUUACAGAUAGGUGUUUUGAAAUUACUAUCUUGAGAAUUAAUUUUUUCAAACAAUAAGCCAGUUUUGCACCCAAUAUAAGAAAAAAAUGUUAAUUCAAUAAUAAUCAUAAUUAUUUCAUAUAAGAACAUAAAUACUGUAGGUCUUAUUACCUGUAUACAACGUUUCCUUAUUUCCUGUUUAAACAUCUCUCAGAAGUAAUACAGUCAAAGAUUUUCUUCAAUUUCCUAGACCUCAACCAAAGUAGCAGUCUAGUUGAUGAUUUACUUGAUAAUCAAGUGAACAUUGUUGUUAUAUAUGUUUAGGUUGUGCACAAUCUGUUGUUUCAAGUUAUAUGCUAUAUAAGAUUUAUUAAGAUCCUUUCAACAUUGAUGGAUGUUUUACAAUGCUGUCAUACUACAGUUAAUGUGUUUAUCAGCCAACUACCUACGUUAGAAAACCGUCCUGUUUGAUUUUAUUCUCAAACUCUGUACAUUGAUCCCUCAGUGUUCAUAACUCUACUACACUUUGGUACAUCUAUUUAUUAGCCUUCCUCCUGUGUUUAAACCCUCCAGUCAUAUUUAUUAGUUUAAUUUAUAUUAUCGUUACCUAGUUUUAAUCAUGUUUUUUUAUUCAGUUGAUAUCGUUGAUUACUUGGAUUUUCUUUGAAACAGUCAAAUAAAAUCAACAACAAGUACAUUACAAUGUUAUUUAAGACUGGAGGUUGGCAACAUUCAUCCAUAUUGUACAUCUUGAUCAAUUGUUUUAAACAUUGCCAUUAAUUCUUCAUAAUAUUCAAUUCUAGAAGAAUAUCAAAUAAUGAAUUUCACACAUUCUGAGUAAUCUCUAAAUCUUACAUAUGAAACAUUAUGAUGCAUUACUUACUGGGAAGCUAUUGUAGUCCUACAAAAGUUAUAUAGGAAUUGUUAUGGAAACCUUAACGUUAGAUAAAUAAAAUAAUGUAUUCUUAAAAUAUAAAAUGUUGUGAUUUUUUCAAUAGUUUAUUUAUACAAUAAUUGGUAAAUGCCUAUAAUUUAUUGAUUGGCUAAUAAACUGUCAGCAUUGGUAUCUUGCAACUAGUCUGUGAUAUAUCCUUUGGAAGCUAAAUAUAGUCAGCUUAAAAUAAUCAAUAUUUUGCAGUUUGUAAUACAUUUAGGAUUUUGUCACCUAUUUUGUUUUAUUUGCUCAGAGAAAGUUCAGUACAUAAUAUGUAGUAGAGGUAGUUCAUUCACCGUGUUACAGAAAUAUUCUCAGGCUUUUUGUCCAUAUCUCAGAGUUUUCUACAUAUAGUUUUGUAUGCAUACUAAAUCAAUGUACUGUAUACUUUUCUUAUUCUGUGACAGUUAUAUUACUUUAUGCUGCAUUUGGUGUGGGAAGACACGAAGUUCACCACGUUCUUUAAACAAAUAAGUUUAAACAGUAUUUUUGUAGAAUUAUUUGCCAACUAGUUUUUAUUAAUCUGAAUUCUCCACAGUCAAUCUUAAUUUUACUUGAACUUGUCAGUUUUACUGUUUUAUGCUCACAUUUUAGUUUUAUAGAUGAUUCAUGUUCAAUUAGUCAUGAUAUAAUAAAAAAACAUUCCAGUUUCAAUAUUGAAAUUUUAACGAAACGAACAUAAUUCUUAGUACAGUAUACUCACAUAAUAUGUCACUUGUUGGUACGUUUUUUGUGUUCUCCUUUUUUAUGUUGUUACCAAACCUUAUGUAAUAAAAUAAUAACGAAGUUCUUGAGACAUAAUAAACAUUUUUUUGCAUUAUGUUGACUAUAAGUUAAUUUAAAAGAAACUUGUAAACUGUAUACAUAUUGAAAAUAAACUAUUGUUCUA